AUGCCUAGUUCACCUCAGGUGGCCAUUUGCACACUCUUCAUCCUCUCCGCAUUGUUUGUGUUUGCAGUUGAGUCGAAGCCAUCCGAUUUAUUCGUGCGAUCACCGAAAUGGACACACUUAGUACCGGCUGGUGGUUCGUUGGUAUCGGGUCGAGGUAACUUCCGUCCAGGGUUCGUGUCUCGAGCAGCCGAUACAAGGAUGUUCCUUUCGGAACCGUUGCUUACUCUCAAGAGGUCCAGACCGGUCUACGACACGAUGAAUUCUUAG